GAGAAAACGGACAUAGAAGGGACCUUAUUUGUGUACAAGAGGUCAGCUUCACCUUAUCAUGGUUUUACAAUAGUGAAUCGGCUAAACAUGCACAACCUGGUUGAACCAGUAAAUAAAGAUUUGGAGUUUCAGCUCCAUGAACCCUUUCUUCUCUACAGAAAUGCUAGCUUGUCAAUUUACAGUAUCUGGUUUUACGACAAGAAUGACUGUCAUCGAAUAGCAAAGCUCAUGACUAAAGUAGUAGAACAAGAAGCUCUGAGAUCGCAGCAAGUUUCCCAGGACAGAAAAAGUCCCAGCAGAACCAAUGGCUGCAAUGAAAACAGGCCCAUUGACAUCCUGGAAAUGCUUAGUAAAGCCAAGGAUGAAUAUGAACGAAAUCAGAUCAAUGAUUUAAGUAUUAAAUCAACUUCUGGAGUGCAACAAAAUGCAAAUCCUCCAAAGCCAGAAAGCACAGAACCUUCAGAACAAAAAACUUCACUGCAAGUACAAGAGCAACCAUUUCAGUCAAGGCAGAAGCAUCUGACUUUGGAGGAACUGUUUGGAACCUCUGUACCAAAGGAACAGCCCGCAGCUCCAUAUCCCAAUCCUGAGAGAGUGGAAAAGUUGCAGACUGACACCUCUGCCAGAGAGCAGCACAGUUUGCUCUUGCCUUUUUCCUUUGACCAGUCAACAGUAAUACAACAAUCGCUAGGGAAAUCUGAAAGUCCAAGUGUUAAAACCAGUGCCAAUCCUUUGAAUCAACAGGAAUGUUUAACACCUGUGUUAAUACCUCCAACUUCCCAGCCUGAUGUAAAAAAUAUUUCAAGCUAUUCAGUUUGUUUAAGCCCUGUUCUUAAUUCAGCCUUGACAACAGAAGCUGCCCCUGCUCAGAUGCUUCCUGGCCUAAAACAAAACAACAGUAUAAUGCAAGUUAUGCAGCAGGCUGCCAAGCAGAUAUCCCCACUAGUGAAUCAGCCACCAUCUGAAGUGAACCAUGCUCCACAAAAUCUAAUGGCUGGCCAGAGCCAGCUUAUAGCACCCUUGACAUCAGCAAAUACAGGAACUGUCUCAAAUACAUCCCAUACAAGUGUUGAUCUUCUCCAGAAGCUCAGGUUGACCCCACAGCAUGACCAAAUGCAACAGCAGUCUCUCGCUAAGACUUCCUUAACACCGAACAUCUCUGCCUCGGUUGGCCAACUUGCAACACCAGAAAGCUUCAAAGAGUCUCACAGUAAGCCAUCAGCCUUGAACAGCAAGAUCAUCUCUCCCCUUCAGACUGUACAACAAAACAAGGAAUCAGAAGUAUUUUCACAGACAAAGACUUUGUCUAAAGCAAGUCAAGUUGCACCUCCACAGUUUGUUACAGCCACAACUACAGUAACACCUUCAAUCCUCUUAUCUCCUAGUGUUUUUCAGCAAUCGGCUACAAAAGCUACUGAAGUGGAGAAUAAAGCCAGUUCUUCUUCACCUUUAACACUUGGAACAACAGAAAUUCAGACUAUACCUCCUACUGUUCUCAGUAGGUCUCAGCUUCAAGAAGCACUGAUACAUCUAAUAAAGAAUGAUUCCAGUUUUCUCAGCACUAUUCAUGAAGUCUACUUGCAAGUCCUAACCAAGAAUACAGACAACAAUAAGCUAUAA